CUUUUAUCUUAUGAUAGUAGAGUUCAAAAAAUAAAGAUAUUGCAUCAUACUGGCGCUCAUGCUGUUUAUCCUGUUUAUGCACGUGUACGAUGUAAGAUCUUAACCUAAAAUGUAUUAAUAACUAACAGUUCUAUAAAUAGUUUGUAGAAGGUAGAACAAAAGUAUUUAAUUGAUAUCAAGAAUGCGAGAAAUAAUUCUUCAUUAGUGACAAUUUAGCUCUAGUUGUUUUCCAUUCGUUAAAGAAGAUUUAAUUAGUAGACAUUCUACGUAAUCUUUGCGAAAUUGCAAAUACCAGAUGUUCUUGAGUUAUUAAUCCUAUAGUGUCUAUAUUUAGACGACUUGUAGUUCACUUGAGCUGCUGUUAAUCUAUAAAAUAAAAUGACUGAUAUAUUUGAUAAUUCACCAAGAGAGAUGCAGUUGAUUAAUUCUGUGGAUGACUCGGAUGUCAAAGAAAAUUAUAAGGAUGGCGAAAAAGUAAGACUUAAGAAGCAAUUAGGUCUACUAGAAGGUGUUGCCAUUAUUUUAGGAAUCAUAUUUGGUUCAGGUAUUUUUGUUUCACCGAAAGGUGUAAUACAAGAGGUUGGAAGCGUUGGACUUUCUUUGAUAAUCUGGGUACUAUGUGGAUUAUUGUCUAUGAUUGGAGCUUUGUGCUAUGCGGAGUUAGGCACAAGUAUUCCACGCAGUGGUGGAGAUUAUGCCUAUAUUCAUGAAGCCUUUGGCGCAUUGCCAUCAUUUUUAUAUCUAUGGGCUGCAAACCUAAUUUUUGUACCUACAACCAAUGCUAUAAUGGCAUUAACAUUUGCGCAAUAUGUUCUACAACCUUUUUUUCCAAAUUGUUCUACACCAGAUAAUGGUAUAAGAUUAAUUGCAGCAGCAACUCUAUGUUUAUUAACAUUUGUCAACUGUUAUGAUGUAAAAGAAACAACAAAGAUGCAGAACAUAUUCAUGUUUGCCAAAAUUGCUGCUUUAGUGAUUAUUAUUAUAGCUGGAUUAUCUUGGUUGUGUAUGGGACAUACAGAAAACUUUGAGAAUGCUUUUGAAAAUACAAAUAAAGAUCCUGGAAAAAUUGCAGUGGCCUUUUAUUCUGGUAUAUUUUCAUACUCUGGAUGGAACUAUUUAAAUUUUAUGACUGAAGAAUUAAAAAAUCCUUAUGUAAAUUUACCACGUGCAAUUUACAUUUCACUGCCAUUAGUUACAUUAAUCUAUGUAUUAGCCAAUGUUGCCUAUUUAUCGGUAUUGACGCCGACUGCGAUGAUUGCUUCGGAUGCCAUUGCAGUAACGCUUGGAGAUCAACUUCUUGGAGUUAUGGCAUGGAGUAUACCUGUUAUGGUUGCAAUUUCGGCAUUUGGAGGAUUAAGUGUUCACAUUAUGACUUCUUCCAGAAUGUGUUUUGUUGGUGCCAGAAAUGGACACUUUCCGUCUAUGCUUAGUCAUAUUAAUGUAUCAAGAUUUACUCCUACUCCUGCUUUAGUAUUCCUGUGCAUAUUAUCAUUAAUAAUGUUAUGUACAAGUGAUAUAUUUGUAUUAAUAACAUACUGUAGCAUAGUAGAGUCUUUCUUUAUUAUGUUAUCUGUAGCUGGUGUUCUAUGGCUCCGAUAUAAGAAACCUAAUAUGACUAGACCAAUAAAGGUACCUUUAUGGAUUCCUAUAACGUUUGUAGCAUUAUGUGCAUUUUUAGUACUAGUACCUUGUUAUGAAAGACCUUACGAAGUUGGUAUGGGUAUUUUAAUAACAGUCUCUGGUAUUCCUGCCUAUUUCAUGGGCGUUAGAUGGCAAAAGAAACCAACUUGGUUUCAGAAAAUCAAUGUUAAAGUCACGCAUACCGUACAAAAAUUAUUUAUGUCUGCAAGAGAGGAAGAUGAAGAAGUGGAAUAAAAAAAUGUGUAACUUUAGAGUUAUAAUCAUUGGCUCACUUUCAAAUUAAUGUACGACUUUAUUGAAGGAUGCAUAAAGGAAAAUCAAAUUAAUGAACAAAAAAUGAUAUGUCUCGAAUAAGUAAGUAUUGUUGACAGCCGAAAAAAAAAUGUAUAAAAGAAAUGAGUAUUUAAUUAAUUGGCUGAAAUGGCUGGUUGUUAUCCUCUUUUUGCUUAACUUUUUUAAUACCGGAAUCUAGUUCUGACAUUCCGUAUUAUGAAAGUUUACGCUAUUUUAUAUAACACAUGUUUGUUUUAUUGGUAAAGAGGAUUAAAUCUACUGAUAUAAUAAAAGCAAAAAAAGAACAAAAUAGAAUUAAAUAAUAAGGCAUUAACGUCGUAGACGUUCGCGUAUUUUUGUUAUUUUUAUCUACGUUUAACUGUGAACGUAAUUAUACAAUUCCUACGAGUAUGUUAAGAAAAUUCUAUUUUGUAAAUUCGAAGGUGAAGACAGGCUCAGUGAGUAAAAACAAUUUUUUUGUCCCUGUGCCAUUUUGUGGAAUACAAAAUAAUUAAUAAAAGUGAAAUGUUAUAAGCUUUUUGUUAAUAUUGAAUAAUCGCAAUAAACAAAAUGUAACUGUACGCUUAUCUCAUAGUAUUGCUGAAACAGAUCUGAGUAUAAUAUUUCUUCGUUCUCAAUUUUUGUUAUCUUAAUAUGUAUACAUCAAAUAAUAUCGUUUGUGUUUCGUUCAAUAUUUCAUUCGAUUUAUUUCGAUUGAUUAUGAUCUUUUUAACGCAACACAUGAAAAAAAGGCGCAAUUAGUCUUGAGACUGAAUUUUUUUUCUCUCUUUUCGAUAAUUAUUAUAUUUUUCU